UCAGAAUAUAAUUUCACAAUUUGAUGUUAUUCAUGAGGUAGAAUUUGUUGAAAUCUUUCACACACGCAUUAUACACAUCUGAUCUAUGUUCGUUUAAAAUAUUUUCUAGAAAUGGCGUUUUCUAAACCAACAGAAAUUAUUUUUAAUUUAACAAGUGUGUACUUUCGAUAUCUUUAUACUAAUCCGAUUAAAACAAAAGCUAUUGCAAGCUGCAUUAUCAAUGCUUUGGGAAAUCUAAUACAACAAAAAUUAAGUGGAAAUAAAUUUGUAGAUGAAGAUAAACUUAUUGCAUUUGGUCUUUUUGGAUUGUUAUUAGGUGGUACUGUACCACAUUUCUUUUAUUCGUAUACAUCUUUUCUAGUAAAGAAUCCGUUGACUUUACUUCUGAUGGAAAGACUCAUUUAUACACCUUGCUUUCAAGCAUUAACAUUAUAUGCACUUGCUCGAUUAGAGGGUAAAUCUCAUAAAGAUUCAAAGCAACAAUUAAACAAACUUUAUUGGCCCGUUCUUCUAGCUAAUCUGAAAUACGUGACAUUACUUCAAUACAUAAACGUUAAAUAUGUUCCUAUAAUGUUACGCACGUUAAUAUUAGAUUUAAUCAGUUUUAUAUGGUCAAUUUAUCUGACUAAUAAAUGUGAGAAAGUAGCAGCUGCUGGUGAUAAGAAAUCAAAAAAAUAAUAUCUUAGUAUAAUGCUAUUGAUUUUAAUUUUAUCGUAUAACUGUAUAAUAAUUAAA